AUGUCCUUCGGCCAAGAACUAGGCAAACUCAUGGAAAAUUGGUACUUCAUUAAUAUCAUCCAUAGAAUGCUCGCAAUAUUCCAGGAUAACGGCGAAAAGACGAACCUCCGAGCAGAACUUGAAGAGGCACAGACAAAAAUCCUCAAGUUGAAGGAGAAAAACUUGGCGCUUAAGAAUCGAUUGGCACAACUUGAGACUAGAGUUGCGGGGCAAUCCUUCUAA